AAACACACACACACACACACACACACCACACACACACAUCAACCACUGCCAUCGGCAUCUUUCUGUGUGGCGCUGGCCUUUGACGCCUUUCAUACUCUUCUUGAGCCGACCUGUGUACCACUGCCAACCGUUCUUUUGCCUCUGUUCCUUGCGGGCUGCGAGCAUGGUUCGUGGGCUGUCGCUGGCACUGGUUGCCACCACCGUCAUUGUGUCGCUGUCGCUCGUGGCUGGAGUCCACGGCGAGCCAUGCGGUGACCGCAUUGUCAACAACACAGAAAAGCCAAUCUGCAAAGGCGGAUCCGGCACGUUCUUGCCCGCCUUCAACGCCUACGGCGAGGACAACUGGUCGGAUGGCCUGAAGAUCUUCCUGUACCUUGCCGGGCUCCUCUGGACCUUCUCCGGCAUUGGCAUCAUCACCGAUGUCUUUAUGGAGGCCAUCGAGGUCAUCACCAGUAAGGAAAAGGAGGUCAAACUGAAGGACGGACGCGUCGUGCACGUUCAGGUCUGGAACCCCACCAUUGCCAACCUGUCGCUGAUGGCACUGGGCUCCUCGGCUCCCGAGAUUAUCCUCUCCGUGAUUGAGGUUGUGGCGGGAAACUUCUUUGCCGGCGCCCUUGGCCCGUCCACCAUUGUUGGAUCCGCCGCCUUCAACCUGCUCGUCAUCUUCGCUGUCUGCUCCCUCGCAGUGCCACAGGGCGAGGUUCGGCGGCUGGAGCAGUACGGCGUGUUCAUCGUCACCGCCAUCUUCUCUGUGUUUGCAUAUGUCUGGCUCAUCAUCAUCCUCGUUGUCUCCUCGCCAAACGUCGUCGAAGUCUGGGAGGGUGUGCUGACGCUGCUGUUCUUCCCAAUGCUGUUGGGCCUCAGCUUCAUGGCCGAUCGUGGAUACUUCGACUUUGGAAAGCGGCACCCGGCUUCUGUUGACAAUGUGCUGCGCAUUGACAACGACGUUGAGCACGGGCACCAGUUCCACGACCCAUACGAGGCAGACACCAUCAUCAAGCGAAUCGCGCGCUCCAACUCGAUGACAAUGGAGGAUAAGGUCAACCUCGCCCUCGCAAAGAAACUCAAGGGCGAGCGAGUGUCGCGUGCGCAGUUCCGGAUUGACGCGACGCGAAAGCUCGUCGGCUCUGGCGGCAUUCUCCCAGACUACAACAAGGCCAAGUUGCAGGAGGCCCUACUCCGGGACGACUUCUUUGAGGCGCACAAGACGAAGUUGGCGAAGAAGAACUUUGUUGGCCUCGAGUCGCUCCAAUACUCCAUCGGCGAAGGCGACGGCCACGUGAAUGUGAAGAUUCUUCGGACGGGCGACUUGUCACUGCCGCUGACCAUUGAGUACUACACCGAGGGCGACACGGCAACCAUGGGCGUGGAUUUUGAGGAGACGAAAGGCGUGGCCGAAUUUUCUGCUGGAGAAGAAGAGAAAGUCAUCCCAAUCAAGAUUAUCGACGAUGACGAGGAGGAGGACGAUGAGCAUUUCUACUUCUACAUCAAGAACCCGUCCCCAGAGCAGUAUCUCAUUGUGCCCGGCCGCAACCGCGCACGCAUCACCAUCAUCGACGACGACCACCCAGGUGUUGUGUCACUUGAGCUGUCCAAGUUCAGCUGUUUGGAGAACGUCGGAACAAUCUUCCUGUCUGUUCUGCGGCAGAACGGAUCCAAGGGGGAGCUGAAGGUGAAUUACGCAACACAGGACGGCACGGCACACGCCCCCCACGACUACGAGGAAACAAAGGGCACGCUCGUGUUUGAGGAUGGCGAGACGGAGAAGGUGAUUGCCAUCAACAUUGUUGACGACGAGGAAUACGAGCUUGACGAGCACUUCUUCCUCACCCUCGAAGAGAGCGAGGAUGUCACCUUUGGCGAGGUGACCAAGUGCAAGAUCACCAUCCUCAACGAUGAUGAAGUCACCACGCUCGCUGACAAGGUGACGGCGCUGCUGAAUCUCAAUCUCGACAAAUUCCGCAUCGGCGGCACGGACUGGAAGUCGCAGUUUGUCGACGCGCUCGCAUGGCCGGAGGAGGGCUCUGGCACGUUUGCCAUUGUGAUGCACCUCAUCAACAUCCCCUGGAAGAUCAUUGCCGCCUGCCUUCCGCCCACCUUGUUCCUGAAUGGCUGGGUGACGUUUGGGUCAGCGCUGAUCAUGAUUGGCAUUGUCACGGCGACAAUUGGCGACCUUGCCUCUCUCAUGGGCUGCGCAAUGGGCCUUGAGGAUGCGGUGACAGCCAUCACGUUUGUUGCCCUCGGCACGUCGCUCCCCGACACAUUCGCAAGCAUGUCCGCCACAAUUGCAUCAGACACAGCAGACGCAGCCAUCACCAACGUGACGGGCAGCAACUCUGUGAAUGUGUUCCUGGGUCUUGGCCUCUCGUGGAUCAUCGCCGCCAUCUACUGGCCCGUCGUCGGCAAGACUGACGAAUGGAUUGCAACCGUUCCCCCGUGCAUCAACGCCAAGUACUCCAAUGCAGUGUUCUGGGUUCCCUCUGGCGACCUUGCUUUCAGUGUCAUCAUCUUCUCCCUCUGCUGCAUCAUCUGUCUGGGCACACUCGUCGUUCGCAGAUACACCGUCGGCGCUGAGCUUGGCGGUGCGUACGCCAAGCCAACUGCUGCACUGUUUCUCACGCUCUGGCUGAUGUACAUUCUUCUCUCUUCCCUCUCCACAUACGAACACAUUAGUCUGUAAGCGCUUGCCUUCGCCAUUACCAUCACAAUUAUGUGUGUGUGUGUGUUCUGUUUUGUUUCCUCGCGGUGUCUGUGUGUGUGCGUGUGUCUGUCUGUCAUUUCCGCGACCACUGGCCUCAAUUUCGUCCUAUGUGUGUGUUCGAAAGCUCUUUUCACCUGCAUGUGUCCUUCUGAUCUUUCGUGUUUUCUCCUUCUUUUUUGUUGUUGCAUGACACGCGUUGCUUGUCUUGAUCAACCAGUGGUGCUGCUGCUCAUUGUAUUUGGUUAAGUUUAACAAACAAAAAGCAACCUCUCAACCACA